CUGCCCCUAUAUAAACAACUCUAUCUCACCCUUUGUAAAUCCUCCUCAUUCUUAUUUUUUUGUCAACGUUAAUUGUUAUGUAGGUAUUCUCUAGUUUCAAUUUAUCAUGAGCAAUAUCCCAAGAUCUCUCACCGACUCUUCCCUAACUCUCUUCAACCUUGCCAUAUCAGCCUCUGAUCCCUGUAAUCAUCAUAAUCAGAAGCACCAUAACAUGAGCUUUCAUCUACACAUUCCUCACCUUCACUUUCAUCACCACCAUGAGAAGAAAGAUCUGAAGGACAUCCCAAAAGGGUGUUUGGCAAUCUUGGUGGGACAAGGUGAAGAGCAACAGAGGUUUGUGAUCCCUGUGAUGUACAUGAACCAUCCACUGUUCAUGCAGUUGUUGAAAGAAGCUGAAGAAGAAUACGGGUUCGAUCAGAAAGGCCCCAUUACCAUUCCCUGCCACGUGGAAGAGUUCCACACCGUCCAAGGCAUGAUUGAUAGGGAGAAAUCUCACCAUCACCACCAUCAUCAUCAUCAUGCUUGGUGCUUUAAAGUUUGAAUAUUCAUGAAUUACUCAAGCAAAUUAAAGUUAUAUAUAUAUAUGUGUACAUGUCAUAUAUGUUUUAUUUUUAUUUUCUAUUUUUUCAAUUUUCCUCAACAACCAGAAUGUGGUGUUGAUAUGAUGAUAAUAAUGACGAAAAAGUUGGAUCCUAAUUUGUAUUAUUUUUGGGGUAUAAUUGUUUGAUCGGUGAG